AUGAUUUUUCAGCCAAACAAUCUUCAUGGAAGGUAUUACUGCAUCAUUUCAAUAACGGGAACUAAUAGCGAUAGUAAUAGGUUUGCCCGAAGCAAAUCUUUGGAAGAUAAUGAGACUAGUCAAUUUCUAUAUAAAAGAGCUCUCACACCCUCACAAGCAAUUCACAACCUAAAGGAUCCAAAGCCUAAUUACGAAGCAAAGAUGAAGUUCCAAUCAAUUAUUUUAUCUCUGACUGUCGGCUUGUCUUCCGUAAUUUAUGCUCAAUCAAACUGGCAACGUAGGAGGCGGAUGUUAUGGUUUGGCGGCGAUAACCCUGUAAAAGCAGUUAAUGUCUCUACUCCUGGUACCACUUACACCUUUUUCUCUGGUGUCGAUUGCACAGGAAAUCCAAUUGGUAGUGGCAAAGAUAAUCAAACUUUCCCUCAGCCAAUACAGUUUACCAACUCACAGAACCAGGUACAGGGACCCUUAUCAGUGUUUGAAACAUGCCCAUCAGGGAACAAUCAAUGA